AUGAUUGUUUCUGGUUCACUUGGAAAACAUAUUGUGCCUCAUGUGCAUGAUAUGUCCCAAGUAGACACCAUUUUUAUUUUUUGUAGCAAUCAAGAAUGGCAUAAACAAUGGGCAAAAGAAUGGCCUAAAAUAAAAGGAGUCUUCACAGAUAUAACAUCAAUCUGUGAAGCUCUCAAGCAAACUGCUCACCAAUGUGAGCAAAAUGCCAUCUCAAUCAGCUUUGUGGCAUCAAACAAGAAGUUGAAUCAAUUAGAUCCAUCAUUCAUGUAUACUCAGAUCUUGAAAGAGAUCUUAUUAACAAUCAAAUUCGAAGACAAACAUUUCAAAGAAUUUAUUAGUUAUUGUCAUGAAGUAUAUGAAGAUGAUGAAAAUGAAGUAAAAAAUGUUCAUCAAUUACAAACAACAUACAAAAACAACAUACCCAUAUGGUGGUAUACAUGGAAUGCAUUUUUAUAUCGUAUGCUCAAUCAGGCAUUAAGAUUAAUGGAUGUUGAUAUUAUUGUUCGAAUGGGUUUCUUUAUUAAUGAUCUACAUCGUGAUAUUCAACGACUACAUUCUGAACAAUUCGAUGACCAUCAAUCAGAUACAACAUUUACAGUUUAUCGUGGACAAGGUCUUUCAAAAGAAGAUUUCACCGAAAUGACAAAAACUAAAGGUGGACUUCUUUCAUUUAAUAACUUUUUAUCAACUAGUAAAAAUCGUGAUGUUUCUCUUGUUUUCGCACAACAAGCUGCUACAAAUCCUGAUCUUGUUGGAAUUCUAUUUGUUAUGUCAAUUAAUCCAGCUGAUUCAACAAAUCCAUUUGCUUGUGUUAGUGAUGUUAGUUAUUUUCAUACAGAAGAUGAAGUUCUCUUUUCUAUGCAUACCAUUUUUCGUAUUGGAGAUAUCAAACCAAUGGAUGGAGAUAAUCAUCUCUAUCAAGUGAAUCUAGUAUUGACCAAUGACAACGAUCGAGAUCUUCGAACUCUUACUGAUCGUAUCCGAGAAGAGACCUAUCCAGAUCAAGAAGGAUUGGAGAGAUUAGGAUUACUACUAAGGAAAAUGGGACAGUUUUACAAGGCUCAAGAAGUUUAUGAAAUUUUACUUCAUCAAACAACAGAUGAGAGUGACAAGGCACCUAUUUAUCAUCAACUAGGUUCGAUCAAAGAUGAUCAAGGAGAAUAUCAAGAAGCACUUACAUAUUAUGAAAAAUCAUUUGCUAUCUAUCAGGAAACACUUCCUUCCAAUCAUCUUAAUUUGGCUAACACCCAUAACAACAUCGGUGUGGUGUAUCGGAAAAUGGGUGAUUAUCCAAGAGCACUUUCAUCUCAUGAAAAAGCUCUUGCAAUCCAACAACAAUCACUUCCGUCCAAUCAUCCUGAGUUGGGUGCUUCCUAUAACAACAUCGGUAGUGUGUAUAAGAACAUGGGUGAUUAUCCAAAAGCACUUUCUUAUUAUGAAAAAGCCCUCGAAAUUCGACAACAAUCACUUCCUUCCAAUCAUCCUGAUUUGGGUGCUUCCUAUAACAACAUCGGUGCAGUGUAUGAGGAUAUGGGCAAGUAUUUAAAAGCUCAUUCAUUUUAUGAACGUGCUGUACAAAAUGGACAACAAUCAUUACCAACAAAUCAUCCAACUCUUCAACAACGGAGAAAAAACCUCGAAGACAUGAAAAAAAAAACUAUAGUUUUUUCUGGUAUUUUUUUUUGA